AUAUUUGUUUGGAAAACAGGAAUCUUUUUUUCCUAACAUUGUAACUUUAGUUAAAUGUUUCUGUGGAGUUCUACUUUUCUUGACUUAUUAACUAAUUCACAUUUACAGAAACCCAGGAACACUAGCUCAUUCUUCUGAACUCUAUUGCAUUAACGUGGGGUUAUUGACUCUUGGAACAUAUUUUUGCGUGUAACGGAUUGCACUGCAGGUAGCUGAAUGCUAUUCGGCAGGCUGGUUGCUUGUUAGGAUAACUCUUUCUCUCUUGCCCGAGAUAGGUUGUAAAUUUCACAAGAGUGAUUUUUUUUUCUUUCCUCCUUAUAGCGUGUUUAUGGCUGUUGUGCAUUAAAGGGUAACUGCACCAAAUUAUCGUGCUGGUUUGGGGUGCGGUGGUUUUGUUUUUUAUAGCCUGUCAGUUGGUGAAUAGAAAGUGUUCAAAGAGGUUUCAGUGGUUGCAAGAACAUGUGAAGCUGGUUUGUUCGAGGUCUUCCUGGCUGUCCUCCAUUGCUGAUGUAUUUGCUUACUUUCACCUUUCUUGGAUGGGAAUAGGGCCAAAACCAAAGGUGAGCAAUCUAUCUAAACAGUUUCUCUUUCUAAAUCCAAUUUCAAUUUACUUUUUGUAUAAAGCCUAUCAGGACUUCUAGGUGUAAGCCUUUAUGAUAGUCAGUAGGACAACAGGGAGUAAAUCUAUGCACUGUUCUAUUGCAUGGAAGAAUGAAGAAGGUGCUAUAGGUGUAGGAAGACUGAACACAUUGACCAGAGGGAUCACAUUUUGGGUGCAGUUUAUUGUCCCUCCAUAAGACUGGAGGACUCAACACUACAGACUGUAACUGUGGCAAGGCUUUCUCUGCCAGUAGCAUGCAAACCAGUUAUUCCACUAUUAGAAAAUAUCCAUGUAGUUCAUGAAUGCCUCAUUUUAAAGUUUAUUACAGAACUUCAUUGAACAUAUUCCAUAUUGAUAAUGCAGAUUAUAAACUCAUACAGGAGCAUCUGCUUCUGUUUUUGCCUAGAUGGAGAUUAUCCCCUUAAUCGUUCAGUGUCCAGGUAUGCAUUCUCAGAUUUGUUGACUCAGGAAAGCUGGUCAUAGCAUUAAAGGCUGAUGAUAUUAUGCUGUAGCUACAUUUAGGCUGUUGCUCCUCUGAGUUGCAGGAAUUCUUGCUCGUACCACUCGGUGAAAAGAAUGGCAAAAAGAAAUGUCCUCAUUACGGGUUGCUCCUCAGGAAUUGGACUGGCCUUAGCUGUAAAAAUGGCAAGAGAUGAACAGAAAAGAUUUAAAGUGUACGCCACCAUGCGGAACCUGGCCAAGAAAGCGGCGCUUGAGGAGGCCGUGGGUGGCCGCCUGGGCAAGACCCUGGAGAUCAAACAGCUGGAUGUCUGUGAUGAACAGUCCAUUAAAACUUGUGUGAAUAGUAUCCCCGACAGAAGGAUUGAUGUCUUAGUUAGCAAUGCUGGAAUGGGACUCAUUGGACCUAUUGAAUGUCAGACCAUAGAUGAAAUGAAAACUGUGAUGGAUACCAACUUCUUUGGACUGGUUCGGCUCCUGAAGGAGAUUCUGCCUGACAUGAAGAAGAGAAAGAGUGGCCAUAUAGUUAUAAUAAGCAGUGUUAUGGGAAUACAAGGUAUCUUAUUUAAUGAUGUUUAUGCUGCAUCUAAGUUUGCUGUGGAAGGAUUCUGCGAAAGUUUAGCUAUACAGGCACUCAAGUUUAAACUGCAGUUAAGUCUGAUUGAACCAGGCCCAGUGGUCACAGAGUUUGAAAGAAAAGUUUUUGAAGAUGGAAUGAAAAUGGAUCUUUCAGCUGCUGACAAGGAAACAGCUGAGAUGUUUACUAACAUUUACCUUAAAAAUUACAAACAAAUUUUCCAGAGCCUGGGACAAAGUGCUGAGGAUGUUGCAGAGCAUACAGUAAAGAUAAUUCUUGCAGAAAAUCCACCUUUUCGCCAUCAGACCAACACCUUGUAUACUCCGAUGACAACUCUGAAGUAUGCAGAUCCAAAUGGAGAUCUGCCCAUUGAUACAUUCUACAAAAUGGUUUUUCAUCAUGACAAAGUCUUCAGUGCAAGUCUUAACUUUAUCAAACUGCUAAGGUGGAGAAGUAGAAAGAGCUUUGACCUGGGAAAACCCUCACAAUAAAUGCCAGUUGAUAUCGUGUAUAUCUAAAUAAUUUGUUCUAGCUACUGCUAACACAUUAUGCUGUUAUGUCUUUGUUCUGUAAUUGAGCUUUUUAACAAUUUGUAGUCAGCUUAAUUCAUUUAUCUUGAAUUUUUAGUUUCCAGAACCCUGAAAGUAAAAUCCUCCUACUAUAGGUUUAGUCAGCUUAGCUCUUGCCUUUUACAGAGAUCUGUUUUCAUGGAAACAUGAACAUUAACUGACACUUAGGUAUUUAAUACUGAUCUGAUACCCUUCACUUAUUAAAAUGUAACACAACCUGAAAUGGUACUGUAUGUAAAUUAUUUAUAGACUCUCCAAUAAAAAAUACUUUACCAGUUUGCUGAGUUGUAGUCCCUCAAUCAUGGUAGCAUCACUUUCAUACAAAACAUAAAAGAAAAAAGCUCAUGAGUCCUUUAAAAAGUUGCAACUAUUCUACUACUCUCUCUAUAUUGUAGUAUGAUGAAUGCUUGCUUCAUAGGCAAAGCUUACU